AUGACAGUCAAACGAAAGAUUUCAUUGGAUAAUGGCUUAGAAAACAUCAAACAAGAACAAUCCAAAAGACAGAAAGUUGAUGGUGAUGAUGAUGAUGAUUUCCAAUUUGAUAAAGAUCAAGCAUACAACUCAAUCCUAGAAAAAAUCAAGAAAAGAGAAUUAGGAUAUAAAAUUACCAAAAAAUCAUUCAAUAUUUAUUAUGAAGAUUUUAUCAAGAGAGAAUCAAAACCAUUUGAAGCAAAAUUCCAAUCAAAAGAUAGUUUUUUAAAAAGUUCAUAUAUAUCAAAACAAGGUUCAUUUCAAGGAUUAAAACCUAGAUCUGAAAGAACUAAAUUAGGUACAUUAUGGAGUAGUUUUGAAAAAGAAGUAUUUUUUGAAUAUUUAUCAAGAUAUGGCCCCAAGCAACCUGAAAAAAUUAAAGAAAGAUUACCAAAUAAAUCUAUUAUUGAAGUGGAAAUUUAUAUUGAUUUAUUACAAAGAAACCUGAAUUAUUAUAAGUCACAUAAAUCAAGGUUUUUCAACUUGAUCAAGUAUGAAGAUAUCCCAAUUGCUUGGGAAAUUGAUGAAUUAACUAUAUCAAUUGAAGAACAAAAUGUUUUAAAUAAUGAAGUUUAUACAUCUCAAACACAAUUUGAUAAAUUAAGAGAUCAAGAGAGUUUAAAAUUAACAUUAUCCACAAAUGAUGAAAAUGAAUUGAUUAAUACAUCACAAUUAAAUUCUAUAGCAUCCUUUUAUCAUAUGAAUCAUUUAUAUGAAUAUCCUUUAUCAUCAAAUGAUGAAGAAAUUGAACCAAAUUUAGGUGAUUCAUACCAAUUAAUCAAAACAAUAAUAACAAACAUGACAAAACUUUUAAUCAAAACAAUAAUCCAAGAUAAAAUUUAUCAAAAUUCUAAAAAAAUUGAAAUCUCCACACAAGGUGAUGAAUUAAUAAUCCCAGUUAAUUUAACAGAUAUUAUCCAAGCAUUUCAAUUAAAUUUCCCUAAAAGGGUCGUGGGAUUAAGAGAAUAUAUGAAAAAUUUACAUAAUAGAUUAGAAUUUGAUAUUGAAGUUGAAUAUUCAAAACAAAAAAAAUUCCAGGAUGUUAUACCUAUCCCCAAAACUUUUGAAAGUUUUAGGAUUAAUCAUGAAUUAGAUAUUACAGAGGAGGAGGAAGAGGAACUUUUACUAGAUGUUCCAGAAGGUGAAGAAGAAGAUGGGGAUGGGUUUAUUAUUGAUUCAAUGGAAGACCUUGAUAAUAAAUUAGCACUCAAAUUAUUUUAUAAAUCAGAUUAUGAAAUAAAUUUACAAGAUUUGGAGAGAAGUAAAUUUGAAAAUGAAAAAUUAUUAUAUGAAUGGGAUUCACAAAAAUCAAUUGAAAUUUUUAAUAAAAAUUUUGAUCAUUGGUUGGAAAAGGAAUUUAAUUCUCAAAAAUUUGAAACCAGAAUCAAAAGACCUAAAGUAAAACCAAAUUUAAAUUCAAUGAUUAUUAAAAAACAAGAAUAUUUUAAAAACUUGGUGGAGUUUGAAGAUCCUGAUAUAGAUGAAAUAUUUAACCAGAUUGAUGAAGAACUAGAACCCUCUGAACAAGAAGAACCUCAAGAUGAUGAAAUAACAAAAGAAAUGUUGAUAUUAUAUAACCUAUCAUUUGAUUAA